AUCCACCAUCUGCCCUCCAACGAGACAGACGCCACUGUGAAUUCACCCAUAAAAUAUCUCACCAACAAAAGUAAGCUUCAAACCAGAGGCAGAUUUAAGCAGCCAUAAGGCUAAAUGCAGACCCUUUCCCGAUUUGGUUCCUUAACCAACAAUACCCAUUAUUUUCACUUUCCGAGAUUCCUUCCAAUUUCUCACACCCAGAACCAACUUUUCAAGAAAACUUCAGAAUCCUUUGCAUUAAGAACAAGCGCUCCUUCAGUUAGCGAAGUUGCAGAAGAUGACGUUUUGCAAAUGUUCCUCAAGGAAAGAGAGUUGAAUGGAGAUUUUAUUUCCAAAGUUUCUGAUUUAUUUUGGCAAAGAGGGGUUGCUAAUGCCAAAUAUGUUGACGCUGAUACAGUGUAUGUCGCUGACACCCCGCAACAGGCUGAGCAGGUUGUGGAAACUGGUAAUGAUGAUGGUUUUUUGAAACUGUCAAAAACCCGUGAAUGGCUAUUAGGUGACAACUCUGCUCCAAUUAAUAAAAAACCCAGCGCUAAGGCUCUCCGGGAUGACAGAGAAAGAAGGAAGAAACUGAACCUUCUUGAAUAUGAAGCUCUCAAAAGAGAACUUAUGCUUUUAUCAGUUGGCAUUGGGACUGCAUGUAGUGGGUAUUGUUUGAUAGCUUUAUCAGUUCAGGCUGCUUUUAGCUAUGCUGUUGGAGUAUUUUUCAGUUGCUUAUACCUUCAACUCUUAUACCAACAUGCAGACAGUCUGUCCAAGGAAAUGGUUCCCCAGAUUUUCUUGCAAAAGAAGUCCAAGAAAAUUGGAAUAAGAAGUGAGGACCUUCAAAACUUUGUCGAAAGAUCGAUUAAAGGAACUGGUGUCGCACUUUCAUCUCCAAGGCUUGUGAUCCCAGCUGCAAUAUAUGGUUUAUGGGUUCUGUCUCAUCGGUAUUUUGUAAAUGACUUUUUUGAUUUCCAGCUUGUUCCUGCCAUGGUUGGGAUGUUUGUGUAUAAGGCAGCUGCUCUCGUUCAAGUUUACAGAGACAAUGAAGACUUGCAAUUUGUCUUUCCAGAAAAUGAUGGCACAAGUGACUGAAGUUUUCCAUAUGGUUACCUAAUGCUUAUCAGUAAAUGUUUUUAGAUCAGAACUCGAUGCUUCCCAAAGGCACUUACAUAUUCACCUUCCUUUUUCUUGGGAUAGAUCUAUCAUAUUGAUCAAAAAAUUUCAAGUGAGAGAAGGAUCCAAAAUCUCAGUGGAUUUCCCAGUUUCCUGAUUGGCUCUAGACAAACUCAACCGGUUUAACUUCUGAGAUCUAUAGGCAACUAUUAGGCAUCUUAUAUGUUAUUAGGAGCCGAUGAGCAUGCUUCCAAUCUCCAAUCAUGUGUAAAUUAAUGUUCCUAUUGCCAUAAGAUUAUUGUUCGAUAAAAUGUUGUGAGGACCUUAAGAGCACAAUCUAUUAAUAAUUAUGUUUUACCGUACA